AGCUCAGAAGCGGUGAGAUAACAAUCGAAAGGGCACACUGAUUGUUAGCAGCGUUGCCUCCCCUUGAUAACUGUGCUUUUCUCGUUUCCUUGAUAAUUUAUGACUUGUCGUCGUAAAUCUUGAUUUUAUUUUGCCCUUUUCCGCAACCCUCCAUCAAAUCCGAAGCUCAAUGGACGAAGAAAGUGGAAGCUCGACUGAUCAAGCAGCUCCAAGUGAUGAGCAGCAGGAAGCUGGCUCGUCUUCAGCAAUCGGUCAAGAAUCUCGAAAAACAGUUGUAUUUCAAGAACCCGAUAUUGGAUUCCCGAGUGAACACGAUCAACUGACAACUCUACACGAUUCUGAGGAAGGAAACCGAAAAAUGUCAUUAGUUGGAAAACCGUUAACCUAUAAAAACUAUCGUACUGAUCAACGAUUUCGAAGAAUGCAGAACAAAAUGCAUAACUUUUUGGAAAGGCCGCGUGGCUGGAAAGCUGCCACUUAUCAUCUUGCAGUAUUAUUCAUGGUCCUAAUGUGCUUAGCGCUGUCAGUGUUUUCUACGAUGCCAGAUUUUGAAGUUAAUGCAACAAUUGUGUUAUAUUAUUUGGAAAUAGUAUUUGUGAUCUGGCUGGCUACUGAAUAUAUCUGCCGCGUCUGGUCAGCCGGAUGCCGCUCAAGAUACCGAGGCAUUAGCGGACGGAUACGAUUUGCCACAAGUGCUUACUGCGUCAUCGACAUAAUCGUUAUUCUUGCAUCUAUCACAGUAUUAUGUAUCGGAGCAACUGGGCAAGUAUUCGCCGCGUCGGCAAUCAGAGGACUACGAUUUUUCCAAAUUCUACGAAUGCUUAGAAUUGACCGGAGAGCAGGAACGUGGAAGCUGCUGGGAAGCGUUGUAUGGGCCCAUAGACAAGAGUUACUGACAACAGUGUACAUUGGAUUUUUGGGACUCAUAUUUUCAUCUUUCCUUGUGUAUUUAUGCGAAAAAAACACAAAUGACAAGUAUCAAACAUUUGCCGAUGCUCUUUGGUGGGGAGUGAUUACACUUUCUACUGUUGGAUAUGGUGACAAAACUCCUGAAACUUGGCCUGGAAAAAUAAUUGCCGCAUUUUGCGCUCUUCUUGGAAUUUCAUUUUUUGCACUUCCUGCGGGAAUUCUCGGGUCUGGAUUUGCGUUGAAAGUUCAACAACAUCAACGUCAAAAGCAUUUAAUAAGAAGAAGAGUUCCUGCUGCAAAACUUAUCCAAUGUCUUUGGCGUCACUAUUCUGCUGCACCGGAAUCCACCUCACUUGCAACUUGGAAAAUACACUUAGCCAGAGAGCUUCCACCAAUCGUCAAACUUACUCCAAACGGAAGUAACAAUGCUACAGGUCUUAUAAAUCGAUUACGUCAAAGUACAAAACGAACACCAAAUUUGAAUAACCAAAAUCUAGCCGUCAAUUCACAAGCAACUUCAAAAAACCUUUCCGUCCCACGAGUGCACGACACCAUAAGUCUGGUCUCAACGUCAGAUAUAUCUGAAAUUGAGCAGCUAGGAGCUCUUGGAUUCUCUUUGGGUUGGAAGUCAAAGUCCAAAUAUGGAGGAUCAAAGAAAGCUACAGAUGAUUCAGUUUUGCAAUCAAGGAUGUUGGCACCAUCAAAUGCUCAUCUAGACGAAGAAGAAGCCGUCGGAUAUCAACCACAAACAAUUGAAGAGUUUACCCCUGCUUUGAAAAAUUGUGUUCGAGCGAUCAGAAGAAUACAACUCUUGGUGGCUCGGAAGAAAUUCAAGGAGGCAUUAAAACCCUAUGACGUCAAAGAUGUGAUUGAACAAUAUUCAGCUGGUCAUGUUGAUUUGCAAAGUCGAGUGAAGACAGUUCAAGCGAAACUAGAUUUUAUAUGCGGGAAAAAUAUUGAGAAAAUUGAGCCAAAAAUUUCAAUGUUCACUAGAAUUGCAACUUUGGAAACAACUGUUGGUAAAAUGGACAAAAAGCUCGACUUAAUGGUUGAAAUGCUAAUGGGAAGGCAAGCAUCCCAGCGUGUCUUCUCACAGAACACAUCGCCACGUGGAGAGUUUUCUGAACCAACUAGUGCGAGACAAGAUUUGACAAGGUCGCGGCGGUCUAUGGUCAGCACUGACAUGGAAAUGUAUACAGCAAGAUCACAUUCGCCUGGUUAUCAUGGAGAUGCCCGACCAAUUAUUGCUCAAAUAGAUGCAGAUGAUGACGAUGAAGAUGAGAAUGUUUUCGACGAUUCUACUCCAUUGAACAAUGGUCCCGGUACUUCAAGUUGUUAAAACAUAUUUAUUUGUUUUUUGCAAUAUCACAUUGUUUUAUUUUGUAUGUUCAAUCUAUUGUUUUUACCAUUGCCCAGGUAUUAUGUACAUUAAUUUUUUUGUAGCGUUUUAUUUUUUCAAAAUGUGUACACUUAAUUCAAAAUCGCACUAGCUGUGAGAUUUUGUUUUUACGGAUAUGCUAUGAACCCAUCUCUGAUGCAUCUUUUUCUUGUUUUUUCCCAGAUUUUUUUAGUUAGUGUUUUCACGCUUUUCAAAUUCUACCAUAAAUACAUGUUUAUUGAUAACUCACCA